AUGAACCUGCGCAGGACACCGACUUAUCUUGACAAACAUUUUCUUCUGCCCCCCGUUGCGAGAGAAGGCCACCUGGAUGCAUCCUCGGUGGCGUCAGUGGCGCCUGCUGGAUCAUGUCCUCGUCCGGAGGCGACACCGGCUGGACGCGCUAGUGACAAAGGCGAUCUCCGGUGGCGACGAAUGGACCGACCAUCGCCUCGUCAUCUCGAAGUUGCGAACUCGCCUACAGCCUCGCAAGAGACCUCAAAGUAAGCUACCCCUAGGUAAGCCGAAUAAAUAAAUAAAUAAAUAAAUUUUAAUUUAAUGCCAGUUUACAGGCAUUGUCAAGGGAAGCGAUUAAACACAAAUCCGACCGGCAGUGAAAAAAAACUCCUGAGCUUAAGGCAUAAAAAUAUAGUCAAUGGUGGUUUUUGUUGUUUGGAGGGCUCAGGAGAAAAAAACUGUCGGCGGUGGUAGAAUAUCGACCGUCAAGAAGGGGGGAGGUUGCACGGUAUCGGAGAUUAUCGGACGUCAAAUUCCUUUCAUGAAUUUGGGGAUAGCCAAAGUAGAGGCGUCGAGGAACAGCUGGUGAGACCGGCCAUAGUGUUCAGAAACCACAAACGCCAUCGCUACGUUACAGUCGAUCAGUAGAUUCAGCACCCAAAAUUUGUGGGAGCUUUUCUGAAUGCAAAAAUCGAGUAAUAGUUCUCUUAAAUAAAGGAUAAUUUUGCAGAGUUUUCACACUCAUGGGUAGUUUAUUCCAAAUAGCAAUUGCAUUUACAGAAAAAAACCGACGAUAUUUAACAGUACGUGCCAGAGGCAGAAAUAAGAAGACCUCACGGUGACUGUUACGUCGUGGGUGGAUAUGAUGUCUUAAAGAGGUGAGCGGGUUAAAUGUGUGAUUAUAUAAGAGUUUAAAUAGCAAAAUUAGUCCCUUUUGUAAUCUACGGAACCAUAAAGGAUCGAGGCCUGUAAGCCGGCAACGUUCUUGGUAAGACAAAUGUCGGUGUUCCGGGGUUAAAAUUCUCUUAGUAAAAAAGUGUUGAACGGAUUCUAUCUUCUUCCGCUCAGUAGCACACAUGAGGCUAAAUGAAAACGAACAGUAUUCCAGACCAGGUCUAACGUACAUGUUGUAAAGGCGCAUUCUAAUGCCCCUACUUUUAAAAUUUCGGAGGAUAAACCCGGUCGUUCUACGUGCUUUGGAGACUAUCAAGGCACAGUGCUCCGAGAGAUUGAGACUCUUGGAGUAUGAUACGCCCAAAUCCUUUAUUACCCCUGGCACAUUUAUUGCGUGACCUUCAAUACUCAGUUGAGGUUGGCGGUCGUCGCCCACCACCAUGACUGAGCACUUAUGCCAAGAAAGAGAAAGGCGCCAUGUGCGGCACCACUGGGCGAAAGCCUGUAGAUCGCUCUUUAGGAGCUCAAGCACGAUGUCAUGAUCUGCCAUGAUCUGUCAUGAUCGAUAUGCAACUUUAAGAUCAUCGGCAUACAUGAAAGGCCUACCAUUCUGAAAUAAAUCGGGUACAUCAUUAACGAAAAGGCAAAAUAAAAGCGGGCCGAGUACACUACCCUGAAUGACUCCACUCCUCACACGUGUGGGGUUGGAGAUGGUAUUGGAAAUCUUAACUCGUUGUGUGCGAGUGCCCAAAUAAGAGGAUAUAAAAUUCAAAAGUUUGCCACCUAUUCCGAAAGAGGACAAUUUCAAGAGGAGAAGAGCAUGGUCAACACAGUCAAAAGCCUUAGUGAAAUCGAAAUAUACUGUGCAAAGAGCAAAACCAUGGCCCCUAGAUUGGAGAACAUAGUCAAAGAAAGAGAGUUGACAGGUGUCACAAGAUCGAGCUUUGAGGAAUCCAUGCUGAGCAACACUCAGUAAGUUGUUCGCUGUUAAGUGACACAUCAUCUUAUCCUUGAUCAAUGUCUCUAAGAACUUCGAAACUGCGGGGAGGUUGUUUAUUGGCCGAAAGUCAUCAAAUGAUGUAGAUUUGCCGUGCUUAGGAAUGGGCAAAAUGUGUGAUUCCUUCCACAAGGUAGGGUAAGUUUCACUUUCAAGAGCAAGAUUAAAUAUCUUGCAUAAGAGGGAUGGGAAGAUCGUGUUUGCAUCGGCUUUUAAAAUGCUUACUGGGACACCAUCAGGGCCUGGACUAUAAGAUUGACGAAAACGCCGAAUCGCAACAGUCACAUCCCACAGAGUGAAAGUUAUAGUUUCUAGAACUGCCCCGGUAAAUGACUGGAUGGUCGGAAGCGGAGUGGUCGAGUCUUCAAUAAACGUUUUGGACAGGAAAUCAUUGAAGCUGUCCGCGGUUAACUGGGUAUCAACUAUGGGAUUUCCGAGAUCGUCUCGAAGGAUGGGAUACUGCAUCUUUUUCUGAGUUCGUAUUUUUCUAGAGAAAAGUUUCGAGACACUUAACGAAUGGUUUUCAGUAAAGUGGACCUCUUCGGCUAGCUGUUUUUCUUCAGACAAUCUCUUAGCUCGAUCAAAAAUGUCACAAAUCAAGGGCAGAACAGAAACAUCGUUCUGCAGAUGGAAACGACGAUAAAGCCUGCGCAAUCUGCGACGAAAGGGUAAAGGUAGGAAAAUCUCAUCCCAAACAUUAAUAAUUUUCUUACGGGGGACAAAACGAGAAAUAAGCGGACCCAAAAUUUCGUACAGUUUUGCAGUGCAAACAUUUACAUCCGAACUAAGGAAGAACUCAGUCCAGUCGUAGGAAUUAAGGUGUGUUAAUAAUUCGGUUGAGCGAGUUGAUCGGAAAUUGCGGAAAAAGUUAUACUUUUGGGACGACAUUUCGUCAGCCUCGAAUUCCAACGUUGAAACAACUAUGUCAUGGUCUGAACCCCCGAGUGGGCCUAGGGAUGACACUGACGAUGGCAAGCAGCCUCUACAGAAAAUUAAGUCAAGUAUACUUGAGCCUCGGGUGGGAAAAUCAACAACCUGAGUCCACAUCCCGACAUCCACAGCCUCAAGAAAGUCAUCGAACCUUCUGGGGCCUUAAGGCGGAGACCAGCGGACUUCAGGGAGAUUAAAGUCACCCGCAACCAGUUGAUAUUUAAAACUUAAGUCGGCCGCAGCAUUAAAUGCCUGUGAGAGUAAGCGAUCAAAAUUGUCAUUGGCGUUGGGAGGGCGAUAGACGCAGCCAACGAGUAAGGAGAACUUAUUUUUUAGUGCAACCUGGAGCCAGCAGCUGCCUUCUACCGCUGAAAAGUGCGGGAGGUCCAACGGCAAACAUGUAAGUGUUUGCUUAACGUAGACGCAGCUGCCCCCACCACGGCCAUCUUGGCGAUCAUUUCGAAUGCAAUUGUAGCCUAAAAGAGAGAGUUCGGAGUCAGCUACUGAGGCUGAUGCCCACGUCUCAGUUACUAAAACAAUAUCAGGACAAUGGACGAACACCUGAGUCUGAAGCAAAGGCAUCUUAUUAAGCAAGGAUCUGGCAUUUAAAACAAAAAGUUUGAAGGGAAAGGCUGUUAGUUUUUGAGGGAGGUGGGCUUCAUCGUCCAGUUCUAGGUCGCCCACGGAGCAAACGGUCCGGAUGCAACCAUCCGGUUCUGCAAAAAAUUUUGUGGCAUCAAAAAAUUCUGACGUGGAUAAAAAAGGGGAGGACUUGGGGGAGGGAAUGACGGGCAGGUAAACUGGUAACUAUUGUUAGCUAACUUAUUUUCAGCUGGAAAUCCGUGGGGCAGAUACUGCAACUUAUUCCCGCCGGGACGAAACUGAGGAUCGGAUGAAUUAACUGAUUCAGUAUGGACAUUAUCAUGAGGAAUAAGUUGGUAAAACGGCCGUGGAGGAAACAAGUUAGGGGGUGGGGGACGCAUUGUUUCCAUUGGAACAAGAGGUCUAUUAAACGGUGGGAAAAUCGGCAUAUUCGGCCUAACUGCCUCGAUAUGAGGUCUGGGGGGGGCAUUUGGGAUCACGCUGCGUUUUGAGUCGGGGUGUUUGAGGCAUUGUUAACCGAUUAUGGAGGAAAACAUUUUAUACUGGUGCUGGAUUUAUUGGGUGUCCGAGUGGCUGAGACAGCAAUUGGAUUUGCCUUUGAUAUAGGCACAUGCUUAGGUUUACUAGGGGUUGCUGAGGGAGUCGAUAGAGGCGUGUUUAUACCAGGCGUGGUGGUGUGUUUAAAGAGGUCAGCAUUAAAAGUAGUAGAACUCCCUACGGAAUUGACUAUGCCGUGACUUGCAGAUGCCGCAGGUGGUGUUGUAGAGGACAUAUUCAGACUGACAGUAGGUGCCAUUAUCUUGGUGUUGGUUUUUGCCGAUUUCAGUUUAUUCAGUCUUCGCUGCAGGGGUGUGAGGUCUGGCGAAACGGAGCAGCGCCAUUUACGGCAGAAGUCUCUAGUCAUCUCCCUACUCGACAAGAUAAAAUCGACUUCUAUCACGGAGAAAAGGGCAACUAGUAUCGGCGCAUUACGGCUAAGCGAGCGAAGUCGCUUAGCUAGUGCGACACUAAAACUCAAACCACAACUUUGUAGGAACAAAUGCGCUCCCUCCAUAGCAGAUAAGUGGCUCGGAAUGUUUCGCAGUACGAAAUUAUGCUUGCGUUUAAUUCGUUCCUCAGUUUCCGAACUUAUUACCCCAAUAAGUUUAAAAGCUUGUUCAAGCACUUUUUCAGAAGUGCUGUUUAUGUCGCCAUAAAUCAGCUGAUCGAUUAUUUCGCCGGCUGAUGGCCUGCUACGACUAGCAGAGGCGUAUUUUUGGACGACUGAAGGGUCGAGAGGUUCUACAUGUACUAAAGGGAUUUGUGAGUUAAUCAUAUCUGCAGACGGCGAAGAACAUACGCUGGCGUCUGCCAUGUCUUCAGUCACGAUUUUAGCACCCAGAGACGGUGGGGAGGCCGCAAGCUUUCGCCUUUUAGCACGUGCUCUGCGGGGCAUUACAGACAAAAAAAGUUUUUCGUUACAGAAGAAGGAUCAAAAGGAAACACGCACUGAGUAGCAAGUAUUACUGUUUUUUUUACUACGAAAACUAGAAAGCGGUAGUAGGGAAAGGAUUCACUACAAUGGAUUUUUUACAAAAUACGACUAUUUUGCCAGACUGUCAAACAAACUGGGAAAAAAAAUUUACCUUAUAUAGAAAGGCGACUUUUAAAACGGACUCAAGUAAAAAACAGGCAUUAAUUACUUAAGAAUGUCCAGAUAAAUGCAGAGCUUCACUUAUCUUUGAAAUUGAAAUAUUGUCUUGUUGUCUUUUCCUGCUCAUCGUAUGCUUUUUAGCAACGAGCUAGCUCUACGGAUCGACAACUUUCCAGUCCUUGAUGCCGCCACAUCUGACGAGAACGCCUCCGUGGAGAACUGA